GGAAUACUAUAAUAUUAAGUUUUGGAAGGAGUGCGGGUGCAUAGCUCUUCAGGCCUAUAUCUACUUCAACUCUGUAUCCAGUUUAUAUUCAAAUAACCUACUAGUUUUCUUGUAAAAAUGAAAAUAAAAAUUUGAAGCAGCAGGCACAAACUCGUGAUGUAAUAUUAUGUACGUAUAACGUGUAUUUUUUUAUUUUGUGUGUAUUAAAAAAAAUUAUCACUAUGCAAAAAUACCAUGCAUUGUUAACCAAUAUUACCAGCCUAUAAAUACCCAACCUUGGCUAGGACUUGGUUCAAGUUUACUUUACCAUUCUAAUCCUCCUCUCUCUGUUUUCUUUGCAAUGGCCUCUGGGAUGAAAUAUAUAUGGUGGGUGGUGGUGACUAUAAUGGGGUUAUCUAUCGUAGUAUCAUCAACCAUGCAAGAAUGGGAUGAGGUAGGUGAGGAUCAUCCACCACAAGUUCCAUGUUUCUUCAUUUUUGGAGACUCUCUGGCUGAUAGUGGAAACAAUAACCUCCUCAUUACCUUAGCCAAAGUGAAUUACCAACCUUAUGGGAUUGAUUUCCCACAUGGUCCAACUGGAAGGUUCUGUAAUGGUCGAACCACAGUCGACAUAAUUGCUGAACUUCUGGGCUUUGACAAUUACAUUCCACCCUUUGCUACUGCUAAUGGCUCUGAAAUACUCAGAGGAGUGAAUUAUGCAUCUGGGUCUGCUGGGAUUCUCAAAGAAACAGGAAAACAUUUGGGAGAUUGUAUAAGCUUUGGUAGACAGUUGAAGAAUCACUGGAUUACAGUGUCACGUAUAAGUGACAUAUUAGGAGACAAAAACUCAGCCAAAAAGCAUCUAAAUAAAUGCUUAUACUGGGUUGAAAUGGGCAACAACGAUUACAUUAACAACUAUUUCAUGCCUCAACAUUAUCCUACAAGCCUUCUGUUUACACCAGAGCAGUAUGCUGAUUUUCUUAUCCAAAAAUAUUCUCGGCAAAUACUGAAAUUGUACAAGUUUGGAGCAAGGAAAUUAGCAUUGAUAGGACUGGGACAAAUUGGGUGCACUCCAAAUGCAAUGUCUACUCAUGGAACAAAUGGCUCAAUUGCAUGUGUAGAAAACAUGAACAAUGCUGUAACAUUUUUGAACGCCAAGCUCAAAUCACUCGUCGAUGAUUUCAACACCAAUUUCACAGAUGCAGAAUUUAUCUAUGUUGAUGCUCAUACAACAACAGAGUCCCAAAAUCAUAACUCUGUUCCUGCUGGAUUCGAAGUUUUGACUUCUGGGUGCUGCCCGGUAAACGAGAUUGGUCAAUGUAUUCCAUCCCAAACGCCAUGCAAGAACAGAGCUUUGUAUUACUUUUGGGACUCAUUCCAUCCUUCUGAGGCUGCAAACCUCAUCACUGCAGGAAGUAUAUACAUCAAGUAUCUCACUCAACUUGUUGGGAGCUUUAACAAAUCAUCCAUAUGAUCUAGAUCUACCAUUCAAGCUAGCUUUUAUAAGAAUUGGGAAGUAUUAAUUAGUUCCUAUAUGGAAAACAUCUUUCCCCUGCACGAGCUGCUACUAAAUAAAAUGGUUACACUUUCGUAUU